AUGUCUUCUCGUGAUCAAGUCGAUUCCCUCCUUGCUAUUAUUAAGGAAGCUGCAUACAACGCCCUUGACGAAUACGAAACGUAUGGGACACCAGCGCCAAAUCUGGACUCGCUUGAGCCCCAUCCUCUUGACGUCGCCGACGACAAACUCAGGCUAAAGAAAAUAAUCAGUAAACUCGAGGGUGCUUGUGAUCAGCUGUGCACAAUCUUGGCCCCUCCCUCACACACCGUUAUGAAUAGGGCUCAGGAUUUCGGAUGGGCGUGCCUUCGGGUCUCUGUUCGGCAAAAAAUUGCAGAUGAACUUGCGCAGCAUCCUGACGGUCUGCACGUUGACGAGUUGUCUAAGAAGGUCAAUGUCCAUCCUAUGAAAUUAGCCUCAAUUCUCCGAGUUCUGGCUGCCAGACAUUGCUUCCGCGAAGUUUUGCCCAAUAGUUUUGCAAAUAAUCGGUUGUCAAUGAACCUUGUUUCCGAUCAUUCAGUAUCAGCCUUGGUCAACCUCGUCACCGAAGAGGGUCAGAGAUCUGCACUGGCUCUUUCCGACUAUGUUGUCGAUCCGGAAUAUGGGUAUUCCCUCGAUAUAUCCAAAGCAGUUUUUCAGUACAGAAACAAGGACGUUAUGCCAAAAGGACUUACAUUUUACGAGUGGCUUCAAUCAAGCGAACAGAAGGAGAGGCGUCAAGUCAUGAUGAAAGCCAUGAUUGGAAUGAAUUUAGUCAUAGGAUCGCUGAGCGCCCUGCAUGCGUAUUCGUGGAGUACUGUAAAAUCAGUUUGCGAUGUGGGUUCAGGAAUGGGCGGGUUUUCGCGUUCACUCUUAGAAAUGUAUCCCAUGAUUCAUGUUACUCAGUUUGACCUACCUCAAACCCUGGAGUUGGCAAAAAAGGUGGGCAUCUCAGGGAGUGACGAGCAAGCUAUAUUAAUUCUCAAAUCCGUUCGUGAAGCCAUGGGUCCCGGAAGCCGAGCUCUCAUCCGUGAGUGGGACGAUAUAAACCACCUACGGGAAGCAUGUGUGACUCUAAAUUCAGAUGACCACGUACUUCAUCAUAUGUCCUCAACCAAAGGGACAUAUUCAGAAGGUAUGGACGUUGCGCCUGAACCUAUGCUCCCGAACUAUGGUGUUGGGAAAAUCAGAUUAUAUCAUCAGGAUUUAACGAUGAUGAUGUGCUACAACACAAAGGAAAGAACUGUGGGUGAGAUGAUUGCCCUAGGGGAGAAGGCUGGCCUUCGUGGUUUGAAAAUCUUUGAUCUCGCUGAGAUGUGCUUGAUAGAGUUUGACAAAGUGGAUUAA